AUUUGAAAAAUGUCUUUAUUUAAGUGUGUCAGCACCACGUUAUGCGGCCAUGCAUGCGUGCCACGCGAGGAAUACACUGCAAUGGGGGAAAAAAUGUUGGUUCUGGGAGAUUUUUUUUGUAAAAGGGCAGCUGGUUAAGCAGAGUUAUGGGAAUUGGUGCGAAGUUAGUUAUAUUUGGCACGGGGUUAUUUGUGAAGUACGCGAAAAAGCGUAGCUCCCCCCCCACUUCCUUCAAAGGAGGGUUUGGAGGCACGCAAAAAGUUUGCCUUCUGUUUCUCACUGAUACUAUUUAAACAUUGUUAAACUGUUGCACCGUGUUUUCUGUUAACGUUUGUUAUGUAGAUAGCAAUUAAUGAAACCUUGGGAACUUUUAAAGUACUUAAGGCAACUUAAGUUGGACAUAAAUUGUAUAACUGUUCAAUUUAAAUGGCCAGACAUGGAGAAUUAGUUGAGACUUAGUAAUGUAACCGGCAAGAAUAACGUUAUUUCUUCGAAAAGGUCAUUGAAAAUGAUUCUCAGCUGUGCUGGUUACUGCAAUGAAUGGCAACACUAUCCACAACGGGACUGCCGUGCCCUCAUCUGUAGCCCCCCCACCGCGGGGCUGGCAGGAGUUCUGUGAGCUGCAUGCCAUCGCCGCUGCCCGGGAACUAGCCAAGCACUACCGGCGUUUUGCCAGUGAGCGCCCGCGCCAUGAUGUGCCCUCACCCGACAGCUUCUUGAAGCAGUUCAACCAUCUGUUCCAGCAGUUCUUCUGCAGCGAGGUGGCGGGUGAGGCCCCUCCCCCGGCCCCUCCCCUGUCGGGGUGUCGCCGGGUCACCUCUUUCUCUGGCGCUCUGGACUACCGGGAGACUGGCCGGCCGGGCUCUCAGGCCCUCAUCACGGUGGUGACCUUCAAAGGGGACCUGUCAACAUGCGGCAGCCCGCCGUCACCUCCCUGCGAGCAGGAACGGCCUCCGCGAAGCUCUCCCACAGACACUACCAGCCAUGAUCGUGGGCGGAGCCAGGAGGCGACUGGCACCUCUGCUGCCGAACGGUACUCCCCGCAGCCUAUGCCUGCCCCCCAUGCCGGACACAGCGACCCCACACAUUUCUCUGUCAGGCAGAUUCGUCGCGAUGUGUGCCGGCUCUUUAAGAAACAGAUUCCUCGGCCGCCUGAUGGGGGUGGGGCUCCUGAUGAAGGCCUCCCUUCUGCAACCUUGGCUACCCUGGCUCAGAAGGCGCCCCCUGCUGGCAGCUUUUUCAAUCGUUUGGCCCACAAGUUCCGUGCCAGCCUAAAGCAGCGUCCCAGGCACCGUAGUGGGUGCAAGGAGGGCCAGCUACGGUACCUAGUGGUGGAUGACACUAUCUCUGAUGCUCAGCCACGGUGGCAGCGCUGCCGGCUGCUGGUCCAAAGGGUGCAGGAAGGCCAGGUCACAGAUGGCUACCAGCUGGAGCUGUAUGACCCGCCUAAGGCCUCCAGCCCGAAGCUGACUGCGCGCUCCUCAGAAAUCUGUGAGGUCCGCCGCUGCAAACCGCUGGAGAUGCCGGACAAUAUCAACACAUUUGUUUUAAAGCUUAAUCACUCUCCGGGAAGCAUCAUUUUUGAGACAGACAGUGACCAGCAGGUCAGCUCCUGGACGACGGAGAUCAAAGAGUGUCUGAGCAGCGGAUCUGACAGCACGGACGUGGAGCUGACAAGCCCCACACCUGGGGACCUCCCUGCUGGAGCCAGGAGGGGAAGCUCGGAGUCCACCAGCCCAGCGUCAGCGCACUUUGCCCCAUCGGAACAGACGUACCAGAAGAUGGAUCACUUCCUGUCUUCGUACCCGUGGUUUCAUGGACCUGUCUCUCGGGUCAAGGCGGCCCACCUGGUGCAGACGUCCGGCCUGCAGGGACACGGUGUCUUCCUGGUGCGUCAGAGUGAGACCCGGCGCGGAGACUAUGUCCUCACGUUCAACUUCCAGGGCAAAGCCAAGCACCUGCGCCUCUCCCUGACAGAAUACGGGCAGUGUCGCGUGCAGCACCUGCACUUCCCCUCCGUCACGGAGAUGCUCAGCCACUUCUGCCUGUACCCCAUCCCGCUGGAAUGUGGCUCCGCCUGCAACGUCAAGCUGUCCAGCUUUGUGGCAGCCAGCCCUGCCUUUCCAGGUCAGAGCUCCUCCCCCCCUGCCGGCAUGCUGGUGCCCUUCUCAUUGCACCGCUGGAGCUCGGAGCCCAGCCUGGCCCGCUGCAACCCCGCAGGCUGCCCGCGGCCCACCCCUGCCCCCGCUCCCUCUGGCUCUGGUGCCCAGCCCCUGCUUUCAACCGCCACAGGGCCGCCCCUCCUGCCUGGCCCCUCACCCCAGGAGUGGCCUGCUGCCGAGGGUCUACGCCGCAGCGAGUCGGUGGGUCGCCGCCCCCUACAGUGGCACCCCAACCCACGGCCAGCCCCGUCCUCGCAGCGGGACUCUGACUACGAGCUGGAGCUGCAUGACAGGGGGCGCAAGAGAGCCAUUGACAACCAAUAUAUGUUCUUAUGAUAGUGGCUGUCAUGUGGGGGUGAGGUGCUACCUGCCACUGACAUACCUAUGACACAUCUUAUAUGAAUGUAUUUUUAACUUUUUUUUUAAUUAAUUGUGAAUAAUAGCAUAUACAUAUUCAAACAGAUAUAUAUAUCUGAAUAUAUAUAUAUAUAUAAAUAAAAAUAAAAAUUGUAAAUGAAUAGCUUUGUUGUCCUGAGGUCUUCGGAUUGAGGGUCUUCCUCAGGUCACUGGCAGUCUUCUUUUUUGCGCUGGGAUCAGCCCUCGCUCUAGCAGUCAUGCACUUGCUGCCCAAGUCAGUUUCCUCGCAGAUCAAUCUCAAAGUGACUUGGGAUUUUUCCACUGCAUUAAAUACAAUAGGUGCUUUUUCUGCUCUUCCCAAUUGCCUGUCUCUUCUCCUAGCUUCUCAUUUGGCUAAUAUGCUGCCAAAAUAACCCAUAUUGACAAACUUUAAAUGGAUAUGUUAUCCCAUGUGAUACUUUAUUAAAUGUAUGAUCACUAAACUCUCAUUCCCCAUUUUACAAGCAUGAAUAGCCCUGCAUAAAAUGUUAGUUGGAUUAAGCUACUGUUUGCUCUAGUUUAAUUCCUGCUUAAGAGGCUCUGUCAUCUUUUCUUAGUAAUAUAGCACUUACACACUAUUUCCGUAACACUAACAUUUGUCAAAAAUUUCUAAGCAUUCAUUAUACUAAUGCAUGCAACAUGUGUUUUUUCUUAUCGUCGUAGUAGGGUUUCCUGUUUUUAAGAAAUGCACAAAGGCAUGUUGAUUUCCUUUGACAAGGACAUCCACCUGCUGCAUAGUGGUAAAGUGAUAAAGAGUAAUAUUUUUCCAAAGUUGUAUGUACAAAUACACCAAAACAUUCCAAUUAAAGAAUAAUGGUUUUUAGAAAUUAGCGCCAUAUUGUGUAUUUUUUUAAACAUUUAUUGGGUUUAGAAGAACCCAAUGCAGAGGAUGAUUGGAUUACAUAUAAAAUGUGUUGAAUAUUAAAUGCUACAGAUAAAAUUGCAGCACAUUGCACCUGACUUGAUAAAUCAAACAGCCAUGUUGUGCAUUAACAAACGGUAUCGAUAGCUGCUGUUUCUGCUUCUGCUCGCUGAAUGUCUUUGUUUUUGCUUACCCUCAGACCUCAGGGCUGAUUUUUGUGGAACUCUGUGCAAUAUCUGCAUUAUUCCUGAAAUGGGAAGUCUGAAGACCUAAGUUUUCAGCACACGUUUGAAAGCUUUUUAUAUGUAUAUUUUUUUUAAGUAUUCCUUUUCCAAUCUUCUACAAAAAUAAAUUAGAACAUUUGUAACAUAUUGCAAACUGUAUUUGUGUGUUACUACCUCAUUUACAGUAUUCUACCAAGUUUGUUUUAGUAAUGAAUGUCUGCUAUACUGUCACCUGUAUUUUACUCAUGUAUGAACAGCACUGUAACUCCCCCCCUUACAAAUCCAUCCACACUUAAUCCCGGCUUGUCCUUUUUGUAAAGAAACCCUACUACCCAUAAUGUAAUAAAAAUUAUAUUUUAUUUAAAAUCUGUUAAGCUAACAAUAAAUGUUAAUAUGGAAAGCA